GUCAAUAAAAAUGAUAAUAAUGAAAGCGUUUGUUUUUAUCGCAUUUCUUUCUUCGUCCAAUUCAAAAAGCAACUUUAUGCCCAAUUUACCUUUGGGAGAAUAUCGAAUCGUAUUUGAAAAAAUGUAUUCUUGUGAGUCAAUGAAUAUCUUUCAAUAUUAUUUUUAUUUUAGUAAAACAACAUUAACUAAAACUGAGUUGAAAGGAAAUUAUACAUUCCUAAUACCUUUUGAUGAUUCCUUUACAUUUGAUUUAAACGUUGCGUCUUGGGGUUCAACUGGUGGUUGGAAACCAAACUCAAUGGUUUACAUAGCAAAGAAUGGAUGUAGUACUUUUAAAAAGGUCAUGGGGAACGUAUGGUAUACAGUAGUAAAAGCAUUUAACAUUACCAGUUACGACUGUCCAAUACAAGCGGGAACACACAUGACAAAUGGAAUUGACUUGAAGGAAUUAGAUAAUUUCAACAUGCCCAAGGUGUAUUUUUAUGGGAAAUAUAAAGUUACGUUUAAGAUAAGAAAUGAAGAAAAAAAUGUUUUUGGUUGCAUCGUUUUGGAGAUAACACUUAUUCGACCUUGGGAAAAACCAUUUUAAUUUAAUCAAAAAUAAAUUAUCAUAAUAUAAUAUUUUUUUAGUAUCUUUAUUUUUAUAAUUAUUAUUCGGUAUCAUACAUUAAUUAUUAUUCACUUUAUCUAGUUAUAUAAUAUUACAAUUUAAAUAGAGUUUUAAACAUAAAUUAUUUUAAUAUGUUCAACAUUAUUCGCUUCAAAAUUGUUAUGUUAUAUUAAAUCUGUGUUACAUACUCAUUUGCUUUUGAUGAUACUCUAAGAGUACCUAAGUAUAAUUUGAAAAUUAAUAAUGUCAUAAUAUUAACAAUCUUACCUAGGUAUUUAGUUAGUACAUAGUUUAAGUUUAAGAGCAAAAUGUAUUUCUCCUAAAUGAAUAAAUUAUUAUAGAAUUCUUAAGUAAAAAUUAUCGCUUAAAAUUUCAAGUAUUUACAGUGAUUAUUUUUUGAAUUACAACCAUAUAAAAAAUCUAUUUAGUCGAAAACUGGUUUUACGUAAAAAUUCCCGUUUUUCCGUCACUUUUUUUUGACUUUUCUCGAUUU